AUGGCUCCCUUUGGAAGAAACUUGCUGAAGACUCGGCAUAAAAACAGAUCCCCAACUAAAGAAAUGGAUUCAGAAGAGAAGGAAAUUGUGGUUUGGGUUUGCCAAGAAGAGAAGAUUGUCUGUGGGCUAACCAAACGCACCACCUCUGCUGACGUCAUCCAGGCUUUGCUUGAGGAACACGAGACUACAUUUGGGGAGAAACGAUUUCUUCUGGGAAAGCCCAGUGAUUACUGCAUCAUAGAAAAGUGGAGAGGCUCUGAACGGGUUCUUCCUCCCCUAACUAGAAUCCUGAAGCUUUGGAAAGCAUGGGGAGAUGAGCAGCCUAAUAUGCAGUUUGUUUUGGUUAAAGCAGAUGCUUUUCUUCCAGUUCCCUUGUGGCGGACAGCUGAAGCCAAAUUAGUGCAAAAUACAGAAAAACUGUGGGAGCUCAGCCCGGCAAAUUACAUGAAGACAUUACCACCAGAUAAACAAAAAAGAAUUGUCAGGAAAACUUUCCGGAAACUGGCUAAAAUUAAGCAGGACACAGUUUCCCAAGAGCGAGAUAGUAUGGAGACAUUAGUUCAUCUGAUUAUUUCCCAGGAUCACACUAUUAAUCAACAAGUCAAGAGAAUGAAAGAGCUGGAUCUGGAAAUUGAAAAGUGUGAAGCUAAAUUUCAUCUUGAUCGGGUGGAAAAUAAUGGUGAAAAUUAUGUCCAGGAUGCAUAUAUGAUGCCCAGUUUCAGGGAAGUUGAGCAAAAACUAGGCUUGGAAUAUGAUGAAAGGCAGAUUCUGGAGGACCUGAGAGAAAGUGAUGGAAUUGUACAGCUGGAGGAACGACUGACCUACUACAGAAAGCUCAUUGAUAAGCUCUCUGCCGAAAUAGAGAAAGAAGUAAAAAGUGUUUGCAUGGAGAUAAAUGAAGAUGCAGAAGGGGCAGCUGCCAGUGAACUUGAAAGCUCUGAUUUAGAGAGUGUUAAGUGUGAUUUGGAGAAAAGCAUGAAAGCUGGUUUGAAAAUUCACUCUCACUUGAGUGGCAUCCAGAAAGAGAUUAAAUACAGUGACUCAUUGCUUCAGAUGAAAGCUAAGGAAUAUGAGCUCCUCGCCAAGGAGUUCAAUUCCCUUCAUAUCAGCAAUGCAGGUGAAUGCGAGCUGAAGGAAAACAGAGGAAAGGAAUCUGAGGUGCCCACCAGCAAUGGAGUGGUUUCUCCUUUUACUCAAAGAAUAUUUAACAUGUAUACCAAUGACACGGACUCAGACACUGGUAUCAGCUCUAACCACAGUCAGGACUCGGAAACAACUCCAGGAGAUGUGGUGCUGUUGUCAACGUAA